CCAAAUCUCUUAAGUCUGGUUAUCCUUAUGGAACAUCAGAAAACCAUGGCAACCACUGAAGAGUACUCGUACGACUACAUAGGUGAAGAUACAAACGCCAGUUACCCUGAUCUUCCUGAGCCAUGCAGUCACAAGAAGACCCUCCGUUUUGCCCGGCUCUUCUGCCCCCUGGUGUACAGUCUCGUGUUUGUGGUAGCCGUGGUGGGGAACGUGUUGGUUCUCUGCGUGAUCCGACGGUACCGGCGAGCCCAGCAUAGCCCGUGUUCUUUCUCCCUGACCGAUACCUUUCUGCUGCACCUGGCCGUGUCCGACCUGCUGCUGGCCCUCACGCUGCCCUUCUUCAGCGUGCAGUGGGCCGGCGAGUGGGUGUUUGGCCCCGCCUUCUGCAAGUUCACCGGCGCUCUCUUUUCCCUCAACGUUUACUGCGGCAUCCUCUUCCUCGCCUGCAUCAGCUUCGACCGCUACCUGGCCAUCGUCCACGCCAUCAGCACGGGCUGGCGGCGGGACACCUGCCUGGCCCACGUGGCGUGUGCCGUGAUCUGGGUGGGUUGUAUGGGUCUGGCCUGCGUGGAUUUUCAGUACCGGGACGUGGUGAGGGUGGACUUGACUGAGCCUGACGAGCAGGACGGACCGCUGCUGUGCGACCUGAUGUUCGAGGUGGGGACGUCACAACACUGGCAGGUAUCGCUGCAGAUGACCGGCCUGUUCGUGUUCUUUGGGCUCCCCCUGCUGGUUAUGCUGUACUGCUACGCUCGUAUCUUCCGCGCCCUGUGCCAUGCCUCGCGCAGGCAGAAGCGCAGGUCCCUGCGUCUCAUUGUGUGGCUGGUGUGUGUGUUUGUGCUGUGCUGGGCGCCUUACAACGGCCUUCGUCUGACGGACAGUCUGAUGACACUGGGCUGGAUUGAGAGGAGCUGCUGGCUGUAUCACGUGCUGGAUGUAGGGUCUCUGGUCACUCAGAGUCUGGGGCUGGCCCACUGUGCCUUUAAUCCUUUGCUCUAUGGGUUUGUGGGUGUGAAGUUUCGCCGUGAGCUCGCUCAGAUGUGCAAAGAGGUUUUAGGCUCCUGUGGAUAUUUGGGUGAAGGCAGAUGGUCCUCUGGUCGAGGGUCACAGCGCAGGGUCACGGGGUCAUUCAGCUCUGCGGAAAGCGACAACACCUCCUUCUUCACCGUCAUGCUCUGACAUGGAGCUGAGUACAGGACGGACCGUAUAACCAGAGGAAAAGAGAGUGAAAAGAGAGAUGAGAAAGGAUGAAACAUCUCAGCACUGCAAGUGGCAGGGGUACAGAGAAGCUGGGAAGAUGUGUUUUAGUUGAUUCAGUGUCAGUAUGAAUGUGUUUUAGUUGAUUCAGUGUCAGUAUGAAUGUGUUUUAGUUGAUUCAGUGUCAGUAUGAAUGGUGCAAAAGGACAUCUUUAUUUUCUGCUGUGUUUGACCUGAUGGUGU